AUGCAAGGCCGGUUCGCUACUUCGGAUACACACAAGUAUUCUGUUAUUCUGCCCACGUACAACGAGCGCAAGAACCUCCCGAUUAUCGUUUGGCUGUUGGCUAAAGUGUUUGAAGAAAAUAAACUUGCUUGGGAGAUUAUUGUCGUCGAUGAUGCUAGUCCUGACGGGACCCAAGAGGUGGCAAAGGAGCUUGCUACUGUCUACGGUGAGGAUAAAAUUAUCCUCAAGCCACGUUCUGGUAAAUUGGGGCUGGGGACAGCCUACAUUCACGGACUCAACUUUUGCAACGGAGACUUUGUAAUUAUCAUGGACGCCGAUUUCUCACAUCAUCCGAAAUUUAUACCCCAAUUCAUUCGCUUGCAGCAGGCACAUAAUCUCGACAUCGUGACGGGGACGCGGUAUCGUUCAACGUCGAAACCGUACUUGGUGGAUGCAAAGCCAGGAGGUGUUCAUGGCUGGGACCUUCGACGGAAAUUGGUGUCACGGGGGGCGAAUUUCUUGGCGGACACGGUGCUCCGACCAGGCGUCAGCGACCUUACUGGAAGCUUCAGGUUGUACCGAGUCGGAGUCCUUCGUCAUAUCAUCGCAGAAACUCAGUCGAAAGGGUACGUUUUCCAGAUGGAAAUGAUGGUGCGAGCAAAGGCGCUGGGGUAUUCUGUCGGCGAGGUCCCUAUAACGUUCGUGGACCGGAUAUUUGGUGAGAGCAAGCUGGGUGCAGAUGAAAUUGUCGGGUAUGCAAAGGGAGUCUGGGCUCUGUUUACUAGUGUCUGA